CUAGCUCUUCAGUAGUUUCUGAACAUCUAGACGGUAGGAUGUAGAAUAGGGCACCAGGGGCCAGGGAGGCCCAAUCUCAGAGCGCUGCGGGCUCUGCUGGUGAUAGAAACAAUAUGGUGAAGUUAUAAGGAGAGGGGAGGGGUGGGGGGCGGGAAAGAUUCCUUAGGAUAGAAAAAAAACAAUGAAGAAAGCUCCACUUGAAGACCUAUGAAAUUUCCGACACUAGAACCUUCGUAUAUAGUUUUCGGUAACCUUCGGCAGGGGGCGCUCUGAAAUUGUUGCCACUUUCCGGACAUCCUCCCGUACUUUACCCUCUACAAAAUUGUACAGUGUUUCCGGCCCUUCUCCGUUGUGGACGCUCGUAAGUUUUCGGCAGUUUCCGGGGAGACUCGGGGACUCCGCGUCUCGCUCUCCGUGUUCCGAUCGCCCGGUGCGGUGGUGCAGGGUCUCGGGCUAGUCAUGGCGUCCCCGUCUCGGAGACUGCAGACUAAACCAGUCAUUACUUGUUUCAAGAGCGUUCUGCUAAUCUACACUUUUAUUUUCUGGAUCACUGGCGUUAUCCUUCUUGCAGUUGGCAUUUGGGGCAAGGUGAGCCUGGAGAAUUACUUUUCUCUUUUAAAUGAGAAGGCCACCAAUGUCCCCUUCGUGCUCAUUGCUACUGGUACCGUCAUUAUUCUUUUGGGCACCUUUGGUUGUUUUGCUACCUGCCGAGCUUCUGCAUGGAUGCUAAAACUGUAUGCAAUGUUUCUGACUCUCAUUUUUUUGGUCGAACUGGUCGCUGCCAUCGUAGGAUUUGUUUUCAGACAUGAGAUUAAGAACAGCUUUAAGAAUAAUUAUGAGAAGGCUUUGAAGCAGUAUAACUCUACAGGAGAUUAUAGAAGCCAUGCAGUAGACAAGAUCCAAAAUACGUUGCAUUGUUGUGGUGUCACCGAUUAUAGAGAUUGGACAGAUACUAAUUAUUACUCAGAAAAAGGAUUUCCUAAGAGUUGCUGUAAACUUGAAGAUUGUACUCCACAGAGAGAUGCAGACAAAGUAAACAAUGAAGGUUGUUUUAUAAAGGUGAUGACCAUUAUAGAGUCAGAAAUGGGAGUCGUUGCAGGAAUUUCCUUUGGAGUUGCUUGCUUCCAAGACAUUUAAGGUCCCCCCUGUGAAUUAGAAAGUUGCUUGGCUGGAGAACUGACAACACUACUUACUGAUAGACCAAAAAACUACACCAGUAGGUUGAUUCAAUCAAGAUGUAUGUAGACCUAAAACUGCACCAAUAGGCUGAUUCAAUCAAGAUCUGUGCUCGCAGUGGGCUGAUUCAAUCAAGAUGUAUGUUUGCUAUGUUCUAAGUCCACCUUCUAUCCCAUUCAUGUUAGAUCGUUGAAACCCUGUAUCCCUCUGAAACACUGGAAGAGCUAGUAAAUUGUAAAUGAAGUAAUACUGUGUUCCUCUUGACUGUUAUUUUUCUUAGUAGGGGGCCUUUGGAAGGCACUGUGAAUUUGCUAUUUUGAUGUAGUGUUACAAGAUGGAAAAUUGAUUCCUCUGACUUUGCUAUUGAUGUAGUGUGAUAGAAAAUUCACCUCUCUGAACUGGCUCCUUCCCAGUCAAGGUUAUCUGGUUUGAUUGUAUAAUUUGCACCAAGAAGUUAAAAUAUUUUAUGACUCUCUGUUCUGCUGACAGGCAGAGAGUCACAUUGUGUAAUUUAAUUUCAGUCAGUCAAUGGAUGGCAUCCCUCAUCAGGGUUGCCAGAUGGUGAUAACAGUGUAAGGCCUUGGGUCUAAGGCAUCCACGACUGGAAGGGACUACUGAUGUUCUGUGAUACAUCAGGUUUCAGCACACAACUUACAUUUCUUUGCCUCCAAAUUGAGGCAUUUAUUAUGAUGUUCAUACUUUCCCUCUUGUUUGAAAGUUUCUAAUUAUUAAAUGGUGUCGGAAUUGUUGUAUUUUCCUUAGGAAUUCGGUGGAACUUAUCUUCAUUAAAUUUAGCUGGUACCAGGUUGAUAUGACUUGUCAAUAUUAUGGUCAACUUUAAGUCUUAGUUUUCGUUUGUGCCUUUGAUUAAUAAGUAUAACUCUUAUACAAUAAAUACUGCUUUCCUCUAAAAAGAUCGUGUUUAAAUUAACUUGUAGAAAAUCUGCUGGAAUGGUUGUUGUUUUCCACUGAGAAAGCUAAGCCCUACAUUUCUAUUCAGAGUACUGUUUUUAGAUGUGAAAUAUAAGCCUGCGGCCUUAACUCUGUAUUAAAAAAAAAUGUUUUUGUUUAAAAAAAACUGUUCCCAUAGGUGCAGCAAACCACCAUGGCACAUGUAUACCUAUGUAACAAACCUGCACAUUCUGCACAUGUAUCCCAGAACUUAAUGUAAACAAAAAAAUCUUAAAGUGCAAAUAUUAAAAAAACUGUUCUCUGUGAAAAAAA